AUGAGAGGUGAAGAAAUUAUUAAUAGGCUGGCUGGGCUUAUAUUGAUAAGUGUAGCAUUGAGUGCUCCUUUAGCUGACUUAAUCCUCUCAUAUUAAUAGCGAAUAAUAGAUAGUCUAUUGCGCAAUCAGAGAUUUGAUAAUAUCAUUAAUAAUGAGCAAAAUUAGAUUUUAUUAAUUUUUUCUAAUAUUUAUUUUUAAAAAUCAUACAAGAAAAUUAAUUACAGGAAGGCUAGUAAAAAACCAGCCUGGACUUCCUGCCGAAUAUCCUGCUAGUUUUGAUACAUACUCUGGUUACCUUGAUAUCCCUAACUCAGACGGAAAAUCACUACACUACGUUCUUGUCGAAAGUCAAAAUAACCCUGCAAUCGAUCCUUUAAUUUUAUGGAUGAAUGGCGGUCCAGGGUGUUCAUCUAUGGCAGGUUUCGUUUAUGAGCAUGGCCCUUACGUCUUCACAGACGAAACAACCGUACUCCUAAAAAAUCAAUGAUCUUGGAACACCAACGCCAGUGUCAUUUAUCUUGAAAGCCCAGCUGGAACUGGCUGGUCUCUUUUAGGAGCUUCUUCCAACAAUGUCACUGACGAUGAAAUUGCAGCCCAUGACAACCUUCAAGCCAUUUUUCAGUUUUUCAAAAAAUUCCCCGAAUAUAAAAAUCACGAUUUUUAUAUAUCUGGAGAAAGCUAUGGAGGAAUCUAUGUGCCGACCUUAGCUUAUAAUAUCCUUAUGUACAACAGCUAUAGUCCUCAUAAUAGUAUAAACUUAAAAGGAAUCAUUAUAGGGAACCCUGGUGCAUUUUUUUGUUCUGGAAUUUUUGGGCAUUUUCCUGAAGUUUUCGAAUAAAUUCUGAGGGAAAAAUUUUAUGAAAAAACCUUAUGCAAGUAUUAUAAAGUAGAAAGGAAAUGGCAUACAGCCAAAGAACCCUUAUGUAGAUGAUAGUACUGAUUCUACCUCAGGCUUGAUGAAAUUGCUAUGGUCUCAUGCGUUGAUUGACUAUGAGUGAUAUAAUAAAUUGGUGGCAGACUGUGAUAAUUUCAAUGACUGGGAUAGUGUAGCUUGCAAUAAUGUUACAGAUUAUAUACAGCUUAGCCUUCUCAGCAAUUUGAAUUUUUAUAAUAUAUAUGGAAACUGUUUUCCUCAGAAUGGCUUUGCCCCGCCCCGUGGGAUAAUUCCACCUUGUGCAGGCUGGGAAGGCUCGUUUCAGUAUUUUUUAAACCAAACUGUAAGAACUGCUUUUAAUAUCCCAGACUCAGUCCCACCGUGGGCUUUUUGCAUAUUUUUAGAUUAUACUGAAGACCUGGUGCAUGGGUCUUUAUAUGUUUUCCCAUUUCUUAUCCGUUCAGGGCUGCGUAUUUGGGUCUAUUCUGGUGACUGUGAUGGAGGGACACCGUUUAUUGGAACUAGAGAAUGGAUUAGCAGCUUAAAUUUGCCAAUAAAGCAAAAAUAUACAUCCUGGUACGUAGAAGACCAAGUAGCUGGCUUUUAUAUAGAGUAUGAAGGCCUUACUUUUAUAACAGUCAAAGGAGGUGGUCAUAAUAUCCCAGAAUGGAAAAGGCCUGAAGCCUGGCAUAUCAUUAUGUCAUUCCUUAAUGGAAUUUCGCCGUAA